AUGCUACAUGAUGCCUUCAAAUAUGUAGACGAAGAACCUGAUUCGUUGAAAUCACUUCUUGAAGAAUGUGAUAAGCCACUUUAUGUAGGGUCAAAAAGACAUUGGGUAUUGGGUGUACUAGACAUGAAAUCGGAUAAUUGCUAUUAUCUUGAUUCCUUGAGUUCUAGCAAUUUCAAUAUGCAGUUGAAGCAAAUUGUUGAUUCGGCAAUGGUUCUGUACGCUACACAAAGUGGAUCCAACAAAAGGGUUAAACUAAAUUGGGUUAAUGUUACGUGUCCAGUUCAGCCCGGAGCUACCGAAUGUGGCUACUACAUGCUAAGGUUCAUGAAGGAGAUAGUGGAAGAAGGAAUUGAAGUGUUGGUCAAAGACAAUGUAAGGAUAUAG